UGGUCAUCCCCUGUACUGUCUGCAGUCUCUGGUCAUCCCCUGUGCUGUCCGCAGUCUCUGGUCAUCCCCUGUACUGUCUGCAGUCUCUGGUCAUCCCUUGUACUGUCUGCAGUCUCUGGUCAUCUCCUGUACUAUGUCCGCAGUCUCUGGUCAUCCCCUGUACUAUGUCCGCAGUCUCUGGUCAUCCCCUGUACUAUGUCUGCAGUCUCUGGUCAUCCCCUGUACUAUGUCUGCAGUCUCUGGUCAUCCCCUGUACUAUGUCCGCAGUCUCUGGUCAUCCCCUGUACUAUGUCUGCAGUCUCCGGUCAUCUCCUGUACUGUGUCCGCAGUCUCUGGUCAUCCCCUGUACUAUGUCUGCAGUCUCCGGUCAUCUCCUGUACUGUGUCCGCAGUCUCUGGUCAUCUCCUGUACUAUGUCUGCAGUCUCUGGUCAUCCCCUGUACUGUCUGCAGUCUCUGGUCAUCCCCUGUACUAUGUCCGUAUCUCUGGUCAUCUCUGUACUAUGGACCAAAAAAUACGGUAU